CCUUUUGCCGCUGCCGCUGCCGCCGCAGCCGGAACGUUCGGCCCGGGGCGGCUGGGGCCGGGCCCGCGCGCGCCGCGCCCUCUGACUCGGGGUGGGGAACAGGAUUCGCUUCCCGACGGAGGGCCCUCCUCGACUCUCGCUUGGUUUGGCGGCCCCGGGUCUCCUUCGAAACAGCCCCCGACUGAGUCCCCUCCAGUCGGGGACCCUCCCCUCUCCACUAAGGAAGAGUGGACACCUGCCGCUCUGUCUCCCUAAAACGGGGUCAUCUCCUCACACCCACACAGACGGCAGGGGGCUUCACGAUCCGGUUCGCCCUCUUUCCCAACUCCAGAACCCUCUGACCCCCGUUAGUUUAUAUUGGCCCCUGCCUCGUGCCCCGUCCACGCUCACAGAGAGGCAGCCCCAACCCCAUACAGGCUGGGCCUGGCUUGCUGCCUGCGGGUCCCUUCCAGACCAUCCCUCUUCUUCACUCCCCCGACCCCCUGCCCUGUUCCCCUCCGUCCCCUUGUCACCCUUUGGAGUCCUCGCCUAACCAGGAUCCACUGCCCCAGGAUGUGAGCCCCUGUAACCUGUAAUGCUGUGGCUGGCCUUUGGCCCCUUCCAUGCCAUGGAGAACCAGGUGCUGGUGAUUCGUAUCAAGAUUCCAAAUAGUGGCGCGGUGGACUGGACAGUGCACUCCGGGCCGCAGUUACUCUUCAGGGAUGUGCUGGAUGUGAUAGGCCAGGUUCUGCCUGAAGCAACAACCACAGCAUUUGAAUAUGAGGACGAGGACGGUGAUCGAAUUACAGUGAGAAGUGAUGAAGAAAUGGAGGCAAUGCUGUCAUAUUAUUAUUCCACAGUAAUGGAACAGCAAGUAAAUGGACAGUUAAUAGAGCCUCUGCAGAUAUUUCCAAGAGCCUGCAAGCCUCCUGGGGAACGGAACAUACAUGGCCUGAAGGUGAAUACCCGGGCUGGACCCUCUCAACACGGCAGCCCAGCUGUCCCGGAUUCACUUCCAAGCAAUAGCUUAAAGAAGUCUUCUGCUGAACUGAAAAAAAUAUUAGCCAAUGGCCAGAUGAAUGAACAAGACAUACGGUAUCGAGACACUCUUGGUCAUGGCAACGGAGGCACAGUCUACAAAGCAUAUCAUGUCCCAAGUGGGAAAAUAUUAGCUGUAAAGGUCAUACUGUUAGAUAUUACACUGGAACUUCAGAAGCAAAUUAUGUCUGAAUUGGAAAUUCUUUAUAAGUGUGAUUCAUCAUAUAUCAUAGGGUUUUAUGGUGCAUUUUUCGUAGAAAACAGGAUUUCAAUAUGUACAGAAUUCAUGGAUGGAGGAUCUUUGGAUGUAUAUAGAAAAAUUCCAGAGCAUGUCCUUGGAAGAAUUGCAAUAGCAGUUGUUAAAGGCCUUACCUAUUUGUGGAGUUUAAAGAUUUUACAUAGAGAUGUGAAGCCCUCCAAUAUGCUAGUAAACACAAGAGGACAGGUCAAGCUGUGUGAUUUUGGAGUUAGCACUCAGCUGGUGAAUUCUAUAGCCAAGACGUAUGUUGGAACAAAUGCUUAUAUGGCGCCUGAAAGAAUUUCCGGGGAGCAGUAUGGAAUCCAUUCUGAUGUCUGGAGUUUAGGAAUCUCUUUCAUGGAGCUUGCUCUUGGGAGGUUUCCAUAUCCCCAGAUUCAGAAAAACCAGGGAUCUUUAAUGCCUCUCCAGCUUCUGCAGUGCAUUGUUGAUGAGGAUUCGCCCGUCCUUCCGGUUGGAGAGUUCUCCGAGCCAUUUGUACAUUUCAUCACUCAGUGCAUGCGAAAACAACCAAAAGAAAGACCAGCACCUGAGGACUUGAUGGAAAGACCUAUGUCAGCGCUAUCCCAGUUCUGUGACGUAGGACCCGCCAACUUAGAAGAUAAGUUUCCAAGCUGUAGAAACUGUGGAGACGGCAGACAGAAUGUUCGCCAGGCUUCAGACAACCAGGUAGGGAUGUUGCAGCUUAUGUGGAGUGAGGGACAGCUGUUGCCCACCGGGAUGGGUUGGCAAGAACGCAGCAAGAAGGGAGAAGACCAUAACGCAAGGGUGAUGGAGACAUUUUCCCCAAAUGUCAGUGAUCAGGUUGAAGAACACAAAAUAAAAACCAGACCUCUAAGUUCAGAAACAGAGAGACAGCUUGAGGUGGGAGCAUGUUGAGAUGGAGAGGUUCAGGUCUGGUUUGCUCUUCAAAUUGUGGGUUUAAGUAUUUGUGACUAAAAGGGAUCUGGUGAGAGGCAUUAUUGAAUAGAGCCUUGCUCAGGUAAGCCACGAGAAUUCCUUCUGCUGAGUUAGUCUUCCUUUGGGGUUCUUUGGUAGGUAAGGUCAGGCUGUGAUUUAGCAGGAAAGCCUCCACACUUCCCUUCCCUUCCCUUGUCAGCAGCUCCACAUUCCCUCCCUGCUUUCGUGUCUUCAUCUGCAAAACAGAGGGGAUGGACAAGAUCACCAGUCCUUGACCUAGGGUCUGUGACUUCAGGAAGUCUGUUAGAGCCCCUGAAAUUACAUCCAACAUCGUGUAUGCAUGUGGGGAUUUGCAUUCUUUCCUGAAAAGCAGAAUUCAUGGCUGUCAUCAGUUUUUCAAACGGGACCGUGACCCUGAAUGAUUGUUAAGCUCCCUCGCUGCCUUUCAUUCUGUUAGUUAGCGCUGUGCCGCCAGGACCAGAGAAGCAGCUCAGGAGGGAGGCAUCCACUCGGAGGGUGCUGGCCUGGCAUAGGGGAGAGAAGGGAAAAGCCCUCCCUGUGGGACUCAGCAGGGCUUCCCACCAGCUGUCAGGUGGCCCUUUAACCUCCCCAGCCUAUCCUGAAUGUGGGCCUUGACUCAGGGAGGGAGGGUAGGGGCCGUGGGCACCUCUGCAGUUACAAUUUGGGUUCGGAGUGCUGUAGAUCCUUCUAUGCAUUUAGAGUAUUUCCAGAAGCUUUCCAUGUCUAAGCUCUAUUUAAUGGAAUCUAUGCAUAGUAAGUAAUCAGGUCAGAAGAAGCAGCAUCUCGGUUUGAGAUCAAUCGCUGGCUAAUACUUUAUCUAGGCCACUUUAUUAUCUCAUGCUGAUCCGAUUCCCAUUCUCCUCCUUCUUUGUAGCAUGCACUUCGGCUGUGGUAAAAGUACGGAUCACAUACAUAUUAAAAACAUAUACCCAUUCUAUCUGUAUGUAAAUGUGUGAGGCACAGCUGGAUAUUGCAGAGGAGUUUGAUUUACUAAUAGUUAUUAUCUGUUCUAGCUGUUCAGUGGCAGAGAGAAUUUCAGAGAAACAAGCUGGCGCAGAAAUUGUCUUUAUGCUAUUACUAUACUGCUCUAGUAAUUGUUUAAAAACAUGGGUUUUCUCCUUAGGUUCCAAUAAUGUCUGUUAUUUUGUGCAUUUCCUAGUACAUUCCAGAGCAGGGCUUCCUCCUUUAGCAUUUCCUCAGGUUUGGGUUUUUUUGGUUUUCAAUUCAGAAACACAGAAUACAGUUUGCAAUUGAAAUUUGACAUUUUGCUUAGAAAGCAAGUAAAUCGUGGGACUGGAAAUAUAAAAAGCAGGUGUGGGAUCUUGAGGGAGGGAUGUCAGUUACAAUCAAAAUAGUGCUUUUAGAUUUUUUUUUUUUUCCCUGCUUCAUCUAAAUCCCAGCAGCUGCAAACUUGAAGGCAUCUCAUUUCUCAGAAAAGGCUUUAUGUAUAAGAGGUGGUAUUGUUUGGGGGCUAAUAAACACCAAACUGCUCCAGAAAAAUCUGUUUAAACAUUUAAUUACUUGCAAAGAGAUGUUAACUUGUUUAACUCCUCUAAAUUAAAUUGUCACUGGUAGCUUCUCUGCUUAUCCAAACCUGAUUGUAAUUACAUUUUCAGAUAGUUUGGUUGCUUGGUCUCUCAGUUAAUCAGUGGGUGUGAUAAACUGGACAUCUGCACAGUCCCUUUCAGAAACUGGAGAAAGCACCAUGUCAGAUUUUCAUCUGUCCAGCACUUCAAUUCCAGUGUAACUUUUGGAUUUACACCAGAUGGCUUUGUUCACCAUUGUUAGCCCCAAACCUUUUGGCCACCGCAAUAGUCAGAAUGCACUGGACAGUCAAGAAGAUGAUUUUGUUCAGGCUGUUGCAAUAUGGAGAAUGUUUACUAAUGAGGAACGUCUCAGAGAAAAGGGAGGGGGCCAAGGUUACGGACGCAGGUAAACAGGAAGUCAUCAGCCAGUCUUAUGGAAGUCAGGAGGAAGGAUGGAAAGGGGUCUGUGAAAGCAGGGUGGUCCUUUGUAGCUAACAAAAGAGCGGGGGAGACUUCUCAUCUGUAUUUCUUUCUGGGAGCACAGGGCUCAGAUAAAGUUCAACAUUACCACCACAUUCCACUGAGCUCCAAGAUGAGCUUUGGUUUAUUUUGAUCUAGAGUUUACAUGUCUCCUAAGUACAGAUAGGAGGAAAGGCACAUUUCAUCAGCCUCCUUGCAUAUAGUGAUCAUGGACCACUCUGCUUGCAAUCUAAAUUUUGCAAGAUGCUAAUGAUGAUUUCACAAGCAAUUCUAAACUUGGGUAACAUUUACUACAUCUAGUAUCUUACUACAUCUACCACAUCACCUGUGUCUUAAAGUUCAUAAUUUUAAAACAGACCCUUAGGGCCAUACUCAUUGUGUCUGGCCGCCCAUUCUUGCAGACAUCAUUUUCGGUUAUUCAUCUGGAGGUGCAAAUCAGCUCAUUAGCUAAGGCCCCCAGAAUUUGUAGGGAGAAACCCUGGCUGGGAUUGUAACUUCAGCUAAGUAUUUCCUUCAAGCGCAAAUAGCAUCACAGAAGCCUGGGGGGCUCCACACAAGGUCCAGUUGACCACCAUGUAAUGACUUUUUUUUUUUCAAGUUCUGAAGGCCAUUAAAAUCAUCUGUUUGUGUCUGCUUAUAAAUAGGAAUCCACUAGUAAGAAGUUGAUUUUAGCUUUUUAAUUGCACAUAAUUACAACGGCAGAAUCACUGUCUGGAUGCUUGAGAUCGCACUAAAUCAGACAGCUUUAAUUUGAAUUUUUGAUGACACGUUAGCACUUCAGCAAGAACAGAGAGAUUAUAACCCCAGAAAACAAGCUUUGUUUUUCCACAGACGUGACUGCUUAAUCUUUUCACGAGACUUUAGCAGAUAAAUGUGUGUGUGUGUGUGUGUGUGUAUUUAUAUACAUGCAUGUAGCAAGAGAGAUACAGAUAGAUAAAAUCUGUCACUCCUUGAUCAUGGGGGAUCUAACAAUUUUAAUUUCCCAGUUAAGGAUAACUUUUUUCCUCCAUCAGUCAGGUCAGAUCUCUUAAUAUGGUGAUGAUUUGCCUGUUUAAGAUUGCGGUUUUUUGAACUCCUGCCUGCAAGGCUUCUUUCUUGUUCUACUGGGCCAACUGUCAUCUUCCUGGCAUCACGUUCCAUGGCACAAUGAGGCUGUGGGGCCUUGACCGCAAAAAGAGUUUGGUUAUCCUGGAUGCCGGAAAGUCGAUCGCCUGGGCUGCCCUUCAGCGCUCUGCCACAUUCACAGCGAGCUAAGCCGGGUGUUGGGAGUAUGUUGUCACUAGGUCCUCAUGUGACACAACUCAGCCUGUUGGCAGCUUCUUUGAUUAGGGUGGCGGCCUCGGUUUGGAAUGCCCUCCUCUCCCCUGUCCCCGAAGGUCUCCAUCCUCCUCCCCAUCCCAGUGAGUGGAGCACUCCCUGCUCUGAAGCACUCCAGAAUUUAUUAUCUCUCGCUUGGAACAGCACUUAAUUACACAAAUUACAUAUUCACCUUACAUUCACAAGUUGGUCCAUGUACUACAGUGGUUCCUAAAGCUGGCAACUCUUCAGAAUCAUCCCAGUGGGUUAAAAAUCAGAGGGAAAAAAACAAUGCCUGGAUCCCAGCCCAGAUCAAAGAAUCUCUGGCAUUUGGGCCACGGAGCAGGUACUGUUUUAUUUUUUAAAGCUCUCCAGGUGAUUACAAGGAGCAGCCAGAGGUGAAACUCACUAGUUUGAUGUCUUUUUUCUCCAACUAGAUUGUAAGUGCCUUGAAGGAGGGUCAUGCUCUCAUAAUUCAGUGCCUAGCACGGAUCUAUGCUACUGCCAUUCGGGCGAGGUCUUUAAUCUACUCGCAAGAAGAGAAAUCACCAUCACUUACUCUUUGCACGUGCCAGCCUCUCUCGUCCAGUGUAAUAAAACACUGUACUAGACAUCGAAUAGAUAGACACACAAGAUAGGUCCGUUGAUCUCCAAGAGCUCACACAAUAAAGCUGAGGAGACUGACCCGAGAACAAGCAAUCUCUGGACAUUGUAACAUACAAUAUGAGUCAGGGUGACCACACUAGGAUGCAUGGUCUGAUCAGAGGUCUUUGUUUGACUUGCUCAGAGGUCAUCUGGGUAAAAUAACGUGGUGUCAAAAUAAAGGAGUUUUUAAGAUGUCACAGUGUUUGCAGGGAUGCUAUUCGAAGCAUUUGCCAACCAGUUCAGCAUGGGUGUGACCAAUCAGGACAGGCACCAGGGUCCGGCCAGCCCACCUUGAAGUAUGGGAGGAAUACCACCGUGUUAAGUAGUUGUUGCUCAGCACCUGUGAUCGUCGGCGUGCAUUCCGACCGCUUGAGAAUUCGCUCCCGACAGUUAAUUCCAAAUCAAGAGGUCGUCAGAGAGCCAAGACCCUAGAGGAGACCACCUGGCCAGCACCAUCUUUGCUUGGUUAGAUUGAUGGCAGGGGGACUUCAAGGUCUUUAUCUAUCAGCAUAGCAGAUGCAUGCCACCCCAGCCCCUAGCUCUCGGGAAUAAUGGACCAAGUUGAAAAAGACCGGAGACAUUUAGCCAUUUGGAGGGGGAAGGGGGGAAUAUAAAAGGAUCUGAAGCCUAGCUCUGUGAUUUGGGAAUUGCUGUUGAAGGCAGCAAACUUGUUUUCCUGUGAGUACACUCCAAUAAAUAGAUGCGAUUCUUAUCAAUAAUUAAUGAGUCUAACCAGGAAUUUCAAGGGCUGGAAAAAUAUUAGAAUCCUCGUAUUUACAGUUGAAACCAGCUGGAUUUGUUUAAUGGGUUGUUUGCUUUUUAAUUUGUAGCAGUUUUGAGAGAGACCUUUGGGGAUCCGGAGUCUUGUGGUUUCAGUGGGGCCUUUGUAGAUACACGGUUAUUUGGGGGGCCAAAUCUGCCUGCAGAUAAUUUGAGGUUCGCUUGGCCAUUUAGAGACUGCCUAAAGGCAGUGGAGACAUUUGGGCCUUCUGUCCUCUAUUUAAUUUUCAAGAUUAGAAUUAAACAUCAGGUCUUGGUCUACCGAGAGACAUUUGCCGGAGCAUGGACUAGUUUCUUUCCAGUAUCCUGGUUUACCGUUUCUCUGUUCUCUUAAUAUAAAUGGUCACUGAUUCUGAAGUAGGAGGCUAGGUAGCAUUCGUUUAUUUGUGCAAAGGUUCCCUUGACACAAAUAAAAAUGGAAUUUUCACAUGUAACCCGAUUAACUCUUAAUUGUAUGCCAGUAGCUUACGUGCGUGUCACCUCCCUCGGAAAGCUUCAGAAUGGCCUGCGUCUGUUUUUAAACUUGGGGGGGGGGGGGGGAGGUGCGUUCAAUUAAUAGCAGGACUUUCUAAUUGCGGGAUUGGUGUGGCGUUGACAAAAAUUUGUAUAAAUAGGGUACAUUUUUCCACUUAAGAGGGCUGUGCUGAAACAUUUUUAAUUGGAUUUUCAUGGUGAUUGACAGCAUUUGAUUAUGACAGUAACUUUAUUUGGCUGGACUGCUCUAGCCUCUUGUUGAGAUUUUUCCAUCAAAGCUCUUUUUUAUCCUCUGAAUCCCCAGCGGAGCAGCAGUCAUCGUGGAAGAGCCUUUUACCACCUUUGUUGUCACCAUCCCUGGUGAUGAUUGGGCCCAGCUGGUAGUAGAGAAGAAAAUGUCCCUUUCACAAAGAGGCUGUGUCUCCCGCCUCUGCGGCUUCAAUAAUUUUAAGAGCCCCCAAAACCUGUUGAGGAUUAGAAGUAGCUUUAGAUGUGAAAUGAGUGUUAAGUAUUAGUAAUCGGGAGAUUAGGGCCCCAGGGACACCAGGAGACAAACAGCCGCAAUUAAGGCAAAUCUGCCGAUGUAAACAAAAUUUAGCAGAAACAGAUGCCCUAACCAUUUUGGGGGAUUGAUUUGAGGGCACCAAGGAAUCGAUUUUUGUCUUGUUUACACUUCCAAACCCCUGUGAUAUACUGAAAGGCGAAAUAUUUCAUACAGCCUGAUUUUAGUUAAUUUUUUUUUCAGUGCCUCACAGUAGGCGCCUGUCUUCUCGCAGUGACCAGGCCUGAGUUUAUUCAGCAUUCACAGGGAGCAGCUAAUUGUCUAUGAAGGGCCCCCGUGUUUAAAUGGGCUUGACAGGAAUUUAAAUUUUGUUUCAAUCAACCCCUGUGCUCACAGCCUGCUCCAGUUUCUAAUUUUUAAAUUAAACAUGAUUUUUUUUUUUUAAGCCACAGCCUUGCCUCUGGAAUACUCCGGCUCUAACUCUCGGAAGGCACGUCGGCAACCCUGGAAUGCUGGUGUGUGCAGGGCCUGAGGCACCAGCUCCCGGGCUGGAAAGUUCUUUCCCCGAGGCAGGCAUUUCCUCCGCCUGUCAGGGAGGGCAGCUGAGCCGGGGCUGGGCACACCGUCCUUCCCGCCUUCGGAAAUAGCCCAGCUCUCCUGUGCAGGCAGCAAUGCCGCGUCAUCUGGAAAGUGGGUUAAGUACCAAAGAAAGGCGUAAGGGUAGAUUUAGAGGGCUGGCUGAAUUAUAACCGGCCGCACGUCUGGUACAGAUAUUCUACUCUCGUGAGAUAAGGAGGGGACACGCUUUGGGCAUCACAGGUGUUCUCUCACCAUUUUUAUUCGUCGAGUGUCCGCUCUGCAGAGCAGCCUGGAAAUGCCAGGAAAGCUGUAUGUCAGCCCUGAAUCCUGACUUCAGCCAGCUUACGGUCUAGCAAGGAACAGGAGGAUAGAAACAACCAAGCACUGGACAGAAUGGGAGACCCGCCAGAGGCCCUGCCUCACCUACCCCUGCCCACCUUCAGUGCCCCUUCACCCCUCCAGUGCUCCCCCACAUGCACGCUGUGCCCGCGUGGUGCCCUGAUGCCCUCAUGGUGCCCGCGUGGUGCCCCGACUCCCUCACGGUGCCUGCACACAUGAGGCAUUCUCACAUGGUUGUGUCUUUGCUUGUACUAUUUCCUCACGUCCACAUGGCGAGAUCCUGCUGUUUCAGUAACUUUAAGAGCCCCCAGCACUCUAAGAAGUAGACUUAGAUAGAGAAUGAGUGUUCACUCGCACAGCCUCUGAGAAGCUUCCCAGGCCUGCCUCAGGAGGGCAUGACUUCCUGUUGUACGGCACCCUCCCUCCCGGCAAGUGCCUCUGCUGGCACACUUCUCACACUUUGUGGCGGCAACUUGUUCACAUAACUCGUAACCAUCCGUAAACAAGACCACGAGUCUCUGGAGGACACCAUGUCUUACCUACCUGUGUAUCCUUAGCCUCCUGCCCGGUCCCUAGCCCCAAGUAGAAUGCGCGCUAAAUAGUUAUCGAACUGGAAUGAUAUGAAUUUAACAGGUAAAAACGUCUUCUGCAGAAGGCAUGAUUUCUUCCAGCCAGGGUUUUCCAGGAUGGCUUUGUGAAUGGGUGACAAGUAAGCCAGGCCUUGCAGAACAUUUAUUUAUGUGAGUGUAUUACCUCCUGCGUGGGACACAGCUUGGGUCAUAAGGGAAAGUAGCCAAAACCCAUACUACAACUUAUUUUCUCUGAACUUACUUGAAAGCAGUGGGAAUGAGGAUUGCGUGCGUCUCGGAGCUGCAGAUAAUGCGGAAAGGCUUCCACCCUUUAACAUUUAAAAAAAAAAAAGAUUUCUUGUAGAGAGCGAAAUUCAUCUAAACAUAACAUUUUUUGAACACCUGAGUUUACAGAGUUCUUUCAUAUAAAUUACUCAUUUGACCUUCACACAAACACUACAAGGGUCAUUCAUUCUUAUUCCCAUUUUACUGAUGUGUUAAACUGGGGCUUUAGAAAGGUUAACUGGCUUGCCUGGAGCCAUGCAGUCAGGAUGGACAUUGGACCAUUCGGCCUUAAACAAAGCUAUAUCUACUGGUUCUAGAGUGGGCAGGGAUUAUGGUUGUGAGAAUUUCAGCUGAGUCCAACGAUUUCUCGCAAUCAAAAAUAAAGCUAAACACAAAUAGCCUGCAAAGAAACAUGUAGGAUUUCAGCAGUUUGCUUGUGAAGCCAAAACUGUUCCUCUGCUCACCUCACUCCGUAUGGUCCCCUCCACCUUGGCCUCGUCCCGCAGCUGCAGGGCCAUGGUUGAGGCGGGGAACUGGCGGCCACACACAGCAGCAGGCGCCUGGCCAAAGAUUGAACCUCAGCGCGAAGAGGCCAAACAGGAGGAGAGAAGAUGAUCACCAGGAGUUUGCACUCGGUCUGUUAGUUGGCUGAAGGGAAGCUGUAAGAUUUUGUGAGUUAUUAUUGGUUUUUGGUUUUGUCAACCUGCAGGAGAAACUGAGGGCCUCAAACCUUUUCUCCUUUUCAGUUCUACCGUCAUGGUUGUAGAAGUACGCAACUUCCAAGAGAUACUGUUCCUUGAGUUUGUGGGAAAUUUUUUUUAACUCAUCAAAUUCACUGAGCACAUUCUACGUGCAGAGUGAGUUGCCAGGUGCCAUUGCUAGUGCUAUUCACAUAUGGACCGUGGACUGGUAGCAGCAUCGGAGCUGUUUCUUGACCACAAGAUAAGGAGCUUGUGCCAGAACAUAAAUCAAGCAUGACUCAAAACCUCUUGUUUAAUUUAGCCGACAUUUGUUUGCAGCAAAACUUCGUCAGUGAAGGAAGCUGUGGGCUGAUUGACAUGGCAUAGUUCUUAUCUUGUCAUAGACCAGUAGCAAGCAAUUCCCAGACCAACCACUUGAAUUGCAGAGCCUCAGGGAAUACAGAGGAGCUUACAGUGCUGUGUGAAAGUGAGGCAUUGAUCUAACCCUUGCAGGGGUGCGGCAAAAGUAGCUGUUUAGUAAUCUCUGUUUACAGGUGGUCAAAAAUAACUAAAUGAAAUGGAAAAAAAAAAAAAGAACUAAAUGAAAGACAACGUACAGAAUGGGGAAAAUAUUGGUAAACCAUCUAUCUGAUAAGGGGUUAAUAUCCAACAUAUAUAAAGAACUCCUUCAAUUCAGUAGCAAAAACAAAACAAAUAGUCCAAUUAAAAUGGACAAAGGACCUGAAUAGACAUUUUUUUUUCCAGAGGACAUAUACUAAUGGCCAACAGGUAUGUGAAAAGAUGCUCAGCAUCACUCAUCAUCAGGGAAAUGCAAAUCAAAACCACAGUGAGAUACCACC